AUGUACCUGCUUCCACAGCGAAUUUUGCCAAGUUUCGUGCUGGCUGUGUCGGUAGAGCGGCUUCUCAUUGUGAAGUUCCCAUUUCGUUCCUUAGACAAUUAUAACGUGAGUUUCUGUCUUUCUUUCGCUAUGGGAAACAUUUUUGAUGAUAGUUCACUAGUUCUGUUGUGUACAAUCAGCAAGUCUUUCAUAGCGAAAAGUCGCAGUCACGACUAUUUAUCAGGAGUGCUAGUUCACCAGGCUGUGAACAACAAUCCAUCGGCAAGACAUGAUCAGGAGAGGAAAAUGACGCAUACCGUACUAGCUAUAGUCACAUGCUUCUCGUUGACCCAAGGGCCCUCAGCGCUGGUAUUCAUCUAUCAGCUACUCUAUCCGUCAGCAAGCACCAUUCUACGAACUGUAUCGAUUGUUGCAAACCAGUUAGUCCUGACGGGAAAAAUGCUCAAUGUGGUGCUGUUCUGUAUGACUUCGUCAACGUUCCGUCGCAAACUUCUUCAAACGUGUAAGCGAUGGAUCUUCCUCUUCAUUUACUGCGGCGAUCGUCAACGAGUGAUC